AGAAGGCAGGAAGUAGGUACGGCUCUCAUUUCAAUUGAACAAAUACGGCACAUUCUCCCUUCAUACGUUGCGUUUUGUGGCCAAAUUCCAUCUGCUGGGAAGAUACACGCUGUCGUUCACAUUCCACAUGAACUCCCUGCUGAGUUAAAGGUGACCGACAUGGCAGCCAAUGGAGACAGCUGUGACAAGCCUCUAAGACGCACAGGAGCCAAAGACAAACAGAAUGGCAAAUUUACAGACUCAACAAUAAGAGAGAGGAGGCAGAGAGAUAAGGAGGAGCGUCUUUCCCUGGUGCUGUGGAGGAGACCUCUGACAACACUCCAUUACUUUUUUCUAGAGUUAUUCAUCAAGCUAAAGGAGUGGACGCUGAAGCUGUGGCAGCGACGGGGCGUGGUCUUCCUACUUCUGCUGCUGUGCUCGCUCUUCUCGGCCACCUACUCUAUCCAGGGGGCUCACCAAAAAUAUGUGCAGUACCUGGAGAAGAGGCUCCUGUGGUGUGCAUAUUGGGUCGGCCUGGGCAUCCUGUCUUCUGUCGGCCUUGGGACUGGUCUGCACACCUUCCUGCUCUACCUGGGUCCUCACAUAGCCUCCGUCACACUGGCGGCGUACGAGUGCAGCUCCACAGAUUUCCCAGAACCUCCAUACCCGGACCAGAUUGUGUGUCCGCCACUUGGCGGGGAGGAGGGCAGCGUCUCCCUCUUCUCCAUCAUGUCGAAGGUCCGCCUGGAGGCCUGCAUGUGGGGUGCGGGCACUGCCAUCGGAGAGUUGCCUCCGUACUUCAUGGCCAGGGCAGCGCGGCAGUCAGGAGCCGAACCUGAGGACGAAGACUACGAGGAGUUUGAGGAGAUGCUGGAGCAAGCCCAGAGCGCACAGGACUUUGUCACCAGAGCCAAGCUGGGAGUUCAACACAUGGUGCAGAAAGUGGGAUUCUUCGGCAUCUUGGCUUGUGCUUCGAUCCCGAAUCCUCUUUUCGAUUUGGCGGGAAUCACCUGUGGACACUUCCUGGUUCCCUUCUGGACCUUCUUUGGGGCCACGCUCAUCGGGAAAGCCGUCGUCAAGAUGCACAUACAGAAGCUGUUUGUGAUCAUCACCUUCAGCAAGCACAUCGUGGAGCAAAUGGUGUCCCUGAUUGGGUCCAUUCCUCGAGUAGGAGCCUCGCUGCAGAAGCCCUUCAGUCACUACUUGGAGGCCCAGAGGAACAAGCUGCAUCACGCUGAAGGAACCACUCAAUCAGAUGACAACUGGCUGUCGUGGCUGUUUGAGAAGCUGGUGCUGGUCAUGGUGGUCUACUUCGUCAUCUCCAUCCUCCACUCCAUGGCGCAGGCACACGCCAAGCGGCGGCAGCAGCGGCGCCGCUCGGAGGAGAAGAUCAAGUGAAUUUGAAAGGAAGCGGUAGGAAGUGAGUGCUGCUCGCUCGCUCUCUUCAAACAAACCUCGCCAUGAGUGUGUGAAGACCAGACAGUGUGUGUGUGUGUGUGUGUGCGUGUGUGUGUGCGUGUGUGUGUGUGUGUGUGUGUCAUCCACACCGUCUCCUGUAGUUUAACGAUCAUCUCAGUCUUACGGCGUGCUGAGCAGCUGCGUGUCCUACUGAUUCUAAGCUCUUAUUUCCCAUGAUUCCAACGCCUUAUGCAAAGAUGGCAACGUCUUCAACCCUUCAAUAGUUUGACUUGUGUACCAGACUCUGGACUUGGGGCAGGUGCCAACAUUUGGGCUCCCAACAAUUCCACGGAGUGAGCGCUCCAUUCAGAAUCCAUUCUCCAUUCAAAACGAUUCUGCCGACAUAUUAUUAUUAUUAUUAGAAUCAUACUGAAACUUUUUCAAAACCGGUAAGAAAAGCUCCUUCCACUAGGAGGUGGCCUAAAACAUUUUUAAUUUUUUUUUUAAUGGAAUCAGAAUGGAGGAUGAAUAAGAAUGGCGAUUCAGACGAUAUUUUUAGUGCACCCUGGUGAACGACUCAGACUUUUCACGCUAUCUUUUCGACCUGUUGGGACAUUAAAAGCCUCUUUUGUUUUCUUUUGGCUCCGGGGGUGAGAAAGAAGGAAAAAAAGCAAUAACAAUGUAAAAGUUGUGUUGUUGAAGGUUCGCACAUUGUGUAGAUUUGUUCAUCUCGGACGUGUUUCAUUUCUAUGGUGUGUGAUGAGCCUCUCUGAAAGGUGUGUACUUCCUGCUAUAUAAAAGGUGUACUUCC